CUCCCUUUUUUCGCAGAUGAUAUCACCUCUCUCACCAUGUCGGAUGGAAACGUGACGGUAGCCUCCAAUGUGCUCGGUACCAUUGGCACCGUACUCUGGUGCAUCCAGUUGAUUCCUCAGAUCUGGUAUAACUACCGCCGCAAAAAGACCGAUGGAUUCCCAGCUGCGAUGAUGCUAUUAUGGGCGAGUUGCUCCGUUCCGAUGGGGGCUUAUCUUAUUCUGCAGCAAGUCAAUAUUCCACUGCAAAUACAACCGCAAAUCUUCGGGUUCUUUUCCCUAGUGGGUUGGGGCCAGAUUCUAUAUUACAACCACAAUUAUGGCCGCAAGAAGACAAUCUUGCUUUGCACGGCCAUCGUCGUAUUAUUCGGUGGUCUUGAGGCUCUUCUCAUUCUCACCUUGCGGAUUCCAUAUAACAAGGGUGUGACAUGGCCUGAUCUCGUGGUGGGAGUUGUUGCAGCAAUCCUUAUCAGUGCGGGCCUGAUUCCACCCUACUUUGAGUUGUGGAAGAGAGAUGGCCGUGUCAUUGGUUUCAAUUGGGUCUUUCUUGCCAUUGACACGCUCGGUGGGCUCUUUUCUCUAUUUGCCUUGGCCGCCCAAGGAUCAUUCGAUAUUCUUGGUGGAAUAAUGUACAUUUUGGUAGUCGUUCUCGAGUCAGGUAUCUACCUCAGCCAUAUCAUAUGGCGGUUUAGGUACCGCAAACUCCGAAAGGAGGCAAAAGAAAGUGGGAGGAGUAUAGAUGACCUACUGGGCUUGACGAGCAAUGAUACGCAAGAAACAACAGACACUCAAACUGGUGCUGUUGAUCAACCUAGAGAUGUUGAGAAACAAGAAGGUUGA